AUGGCGGCCUUACCCCCCGAAAGGACCACACUCUCCCGUCCAUUCACCAAUACUGGUGUCGAUUUCGCUGGUCCUUUCGACAUCAAAACGUAUGCAGGUCGUGGAUGUAAAGUUACUAAGGGUUACGUGUUAGUUUUUGUCUGUUUCGCUACUAAAGCUAUCCACCUCGAGGGUACAAGUGAAAUUUCAACUCAGGCUUUCUUAGCAGCGUUUGCUCGCUUCUUCUCCCGUCGUGGUUCUCCAAAUGCUAUGUACUCGGAUAAUGGCACAGCUUUUGUCGGCGCUUCCAAUAUCUUAGACUCGGAAAAAUCGCAAUUCCUCUCGCUUUUGCGUCGAAAAUUACUUGAUCAAAAUAGCUUUGUUCUUUUAGACUGGCACUUUAUCCCUCUAGGAGCGGCGCACAUGGGCGGUCUUUGGGAAGCAGGGGUAAAGAGUUUUAAACUGCAUCUCAAACGAAUCUCUCAUAGUCAGAGUUUUACGUACGAAGAAUUCUCCACUAUGCUAGCCCGCAUUGAAGCCUGUCUCAAUUCGAGACCGCUCAGCCCUCUAAGCGAUAAUCCAGAUGACUUGUGCGCACUGACCCCUGGACAUUUCUUAAUUGGAAAUGCACUUUUAUCACCCCCAGAACCAGACUUGUCUGAUCAUUCACUAAGCUAUGUGAAUCGCUGGCAAAAAUUGAAGAUUUUGCACCACCACUUUGCCCAGAGAUGGAAAGAGGAGUAUCUAAAAGAACUCCACAAACGCUUCAAAUGGAAGUUUCCUCAGCGUGAUUACGCUAUCGGCGAUCUAGUCAUUAUAAGACAAGAAAAUUUACCCCCUAACCAGUGGCGCCUUGGCCGUGUCGAAAACGUAGUUCGCGGUAAAGAUCAAAGAGUCAGAGUCGCCGACAUACGAACUGCCAAUGGCAUAGUAACCAGGCCAAUCGUGAAGCUCGUAUUACUGCCCAACCCUGAACAGCUCUAA